AUGACGUUGUCCAGGACGCUGAGCUCAAAGAGCACAAUAUCGGUUGGGUCAUCCCUGAAAUCAUGCGCUCAAGUCGCGAAAAAGACCGCUUUCCUUGGCCUGUCAUUCACCUCCCCUUUCCCUCAUGGCAGGUCAAAACGGGCUGCGUAGAAGACGAGCAGGACAGACAGCUCACUCAGACGAUCCUAAUGAAGACAAGACCGCACGAGAAGAAGUGGUUUGGGGCAAGACACCCGGCGGCGAAGUCUUCAGAGUACCCGUAACACAUGGUAGCCUCAUACUGCUCAACCCCACGUAUCCCAAAAGUCAUCUAGACAUUCUCAAUCUCGUUCUCUUGGGAUCGCAGAUCGCGUUGUAUUACAUCUUCCCUCGUCGGGUGUCCCAGGUCUUCUUCUUGUUGUACUUUGCCGUCUGGCGUGCUGCCUAUGAUGCCGGUCUUGGUUGGGCCCUCACCAAGCAGAGCAAGAAAAAAUGGAUUGUUCGCCAAGUACAAGCGCGUGGGUGGCUAGAUGAGAAACGCCGUCCUGAGAUGAGAAACUGGAUUAGAGCUCAGUUGGCUGGAAAGAUGGGCAAAGACUACUCGUUCGAUGAAUUGCCUCUUGAAUACAACACAUGGUUGCUUUUCCGUCAGGCUGUCGACAUCAUCCUCCUCAAUGAUUUCGUAGCUUACUGCAUGUUUGCGUUUUCGUGUUACCGAGUUCCGGAUGGCCUUUCUACCUUCAUUCACGCCAUGAGAUGGUUCGGAGGACUUUUCCUCAUCGCCUUCAACCUAUGGAUCAAGACUGAAGCUCACGACGUGGUCAAAGAUUACGGCUGGUAUUGGGGAGACUGCUUCUUCCAACGAGGCAAUCUUGUCUUUGACGGUGUCUUCGAGCUGGCACCGCACCCCAUGUAUUCUGUUGGCUAUGCGGGAUAUUACGGCCUAUCACUGAUAGUGGGCAGCUAUGGUGUUCUAUUCGUCAGUUUGGCUGCACAUGCCGCUCAAUUUGGCUUUUUGGUCUUUUUCGAGAAUCCUCACAUCCAGAGGAACUACAUCAAACCGAAGGCUAUCGCCAAACGUACCCCAAUCCUCCUUCCCGAUGCAAAGCCAGCGUCUCCAACAGAUUCAGUUUACUUGACAACUCCCUCCGCGACUGAGGGCGAGACGGCGACUGAUUCUGAGUUGGAUACAGAGACUGAAAUAGAAGAUGACUCUAUCUCUGUCGAAACGAAUGAUUUUCCGAGAAAGAGAAAGAGAAAGCACAGACAGAAUACGUCUUCGACGGGCUCGAGUCAAACGGGAUCCGGCCAGGUCACCCCACACAAGAAAGCCAUUUCACAACACGACCUUCUGAACAAAUAUUUCCGGAGGGAUACCCUGAUUUUGAAAAACUUCGAUCCAUUCCGUGCCGUUGAUUUCAUGCUCCUCCUCGUUAUCUCCUACUCGCUAUUCUUCGCCCUCCUGCCUCGCGUUUCGGACGAUACUCUUCUUGCGUUCCAUUUUGUUCAUGCAUACGCGUGGUGUAUUUUCCACUGCUUUGGACUUGGACUUCUCCUUCGUGCACAGAGCGAGACAAAGUUUUUAGUCAAGCGUUUCAUCAGCAAUUAUCAUUAUCAGACGAAUGAUGGGGGUAAGGGAGCCACCAUUGAAGCGUUUACGAAUUGGAAGGCGAUUUAUAAUUUGAGUCUUUGUAUGACGAAUGUGGCGUUUAUGGGUGUGGUAUGGAAGACUUAUUCCAUUCCUCGUGAGUGGACGGUCGGACAUGAGUUGCUACGCCAUACCCUUGGCAUUGUUCUCAUUGGUUUACAUGUUUGGGCAUCAUUGGAGUCGUACGAAGUUCUUGGCGUCUUUGGAUGGUUCUUUGGUGACUUUUUCAUGGAAGAAUUUCCUUCUCAUCUGGAGUAUUCGGGUAUCUAUCGUUUCCUCAAUAAUCCAGAAAUGAUGGGAGGUGCUGCUUGGUUUGGGUUCAGUCUUAUCGGGGGGAGUAAACUCGUGCUCUGUUUGGCGGUGACAAGGCACCUUGCACAUUGGUGGUUCUUGAGAAGUGUAGAAAACCCGCAUAUGCGGAAACUAUAUGGCGAUACACUUCGGAAAGAGGCGGGUUUCGUCAAGUUCAUCAAGAGUGUUGCUAGUAAGAAUGCUAGGAUUCUUGAAUCUCGAGCUGGACGACAUGGGCCUGAGAUUAAGAGGGUGGCUAAGGAGGUUAAGGGAACGUUUGACAAAGUGUUGGAAGAGACUGCGGAUGUCGUUGAGGAGUUCUUGGCCAAAUCUCGACCGAAGAUCUCGGAAGUCGUUCAAGAAACUAAGGUUCUUCUGCAACAGUCAAGAGAGAAGCUAGUCAUUACACGGGUAGCCAAUGAUUUGUCGUCUUACGAUACGUCCAAGUACAAAGCGAUCAUUUUACCGAGUUCUGAGGGAUCGUUAAGAUUCAGUAUCGGGGAACCUAUCCAAGUGAGAUGGCAAGCGCCACAUAUGCACUCUCGAAAGGAUUGGAUUGGGAUUUACAGGGUCGGAGCGAACAAAUCAACACUGGUCACCAAUACUUCAUCGAUGAGUAUGUGGGAGCCUGUACAUGACGAAGAAUGGGAUGGUGAUGUCCCUCUUGGAUUGGAAGAUCGACCUGAGGUGCCGCCAAAAGAAUCAGAGAGCGGUGUUGUCACGUUUAAAGGCGAUACGUUGCCCUGGCAGGCGGGGCGUUAUGAAGUCAGAUAUCAUCAUGAUGGGAAGUACAAUGUUAUGAGUAUCGAUGGGCCGUUUGAGGUUUAUGUUGACAAACCAUCUGAGCUCACGUUGACCUCGGUACGAAACUGUUUAAUGCGGACGAUACCCCUAUGCCUAGACUCGGAUCCUGCAUUGAUCCCUCCAUCCUGCCGACCUGGACCAAAAACCGAAACUGGGGCACCGAACGACUUCGGAGACGAUAACGGCAGAGACCAGGAUGAUUUCAAUUUCUGGUCAGAGAGGCAGGCUAAGAGGAUAUGUACUGUCAUCAAGCAAGCGUUCGAUGUUGAAUAUGCUCCGGAAGUUAUUGUGGCUGAUGCCAAUUUGACGGCUUUGGCUGAUCGGAUAUUGCUGUCCAAGCAGAUGUAGGGUGGGGUUCCGUGUUGAUAUAGUGUUGUAUUCGGUUGGGGUCGAUAGAAGAAUUGCUGUCAUAGAUGACUAUUACACGAUAGAACAUGUUAUGUAUUGCAGUCAUAGAUCAGGCCCAGGUUCGUUCUUGGCUGUUACU